AUGACGAGCUACAUCCCCCAGCUCACCCUCCCCUCCUCCAUCUUCAACUCGGCCCCAGCGUCGAUUCUCCUCCCCAUAGCAUUGGGAACAGCCGUAGGCUUCGGCACGAAUCGUGCUUCCGACCAAAAGCGUCAAUACCGCUCCCUCCAACAACCCCCUCUCCACCCCCCCUCCUCAGUCUUCGCCCCCGUCUGGACCUUGCUCUACGGAAUGAUGGGCUACGCCUCCUACCGCGCCUACCAAAUCGGCACCUCCCCCUCUUCCCUUCUUACCUCCUCCUCUCCAACAGACCUAGUCUCAACAACCUACCACACCUCGACCCUCUACACCAUCCAGCUCGGCCUGAACCUCAUCUGGAUGCCUUUGUUCUUUGGAAUCCGCCGUCCCAUUGAAGCUACGCUUGACUGCGCCGCGCUCGUGGGCAUUAAUGCGUACUUGGCCUACGUCUGGGGAACAAAGAUUGAUGCGACGGCGGGGUGGCUGAUGGUGCCGUAUGUGGCCUGGUUGAGCUUUGCUACGUAUUUGAGUGCGGGCAGCGGGUAUUUGAACCAGUGGGAUUUUAGCGAGGAGAGGAUUAGGAGGGGGGAGGAGAGGAGGAAGGCUGAGGGGAAGGAUUUGUAA